AUUGAAACCGUAUAGAUGCGACCAUCCAUUAGUGGACCACGGCCACCGUUCCCCAGCGCAGGCAUGCCGCCACGUCCGAUGGCUGCGCCACCACGCGCUCCUAUGAAUAUGGCUGGACCCCCCGGUGGCCCUCCGCUCAGAGCAAUGCCACCACCGUUACGUAAUACAGACAGCAGAGGAAAUCUGUUGAUGGGGCCUGGACCCGGUGGACAACGGCUACCACCACCUCCCUUACAAAAUUUACAAAUGCGUCCGCCUAGUGGUAAUGGUGGUCCUAUGAGCCCACCGGGACAGGGUCAACCACGACCGCCUGGUGCGUAUCCCUGGUCCGGUGGAGUACCAGGGCAACAAAUGCCUACCGGUCGUCUACCAAAUCCCUAUCCUGGGAAUCCUCCUACACGCCCGCCAUUUGCACGUCCACCUGGCGCUCAACAACCACCGCCACGUCCACCUUACCAACAACACGCACAGCCACAGUCGCAGCCGCCACAGCAACAACAGCAACAGCCUCAACAGCAGUCAUAUCAGCAGCAACAGCAAUCACCUACACAGCAGCAGCCACCACCGCGCCCACCCUCAGCCGGUUCGAAUAACAAUGAAGAUGACGAUGAUGUGGUCAUGGGUCAGGCGAUAACACCACGUAAAACACCGAAUCUGAAGGAAGAUCCAAUGGGUCCAGCGUUAUCGGAGGACAGAGUGGACACACUGAAAGAUAACUUCGGUAUGGGCGAGACACUUGCACCCAUAGCUGAGGUAAAUGCGAAUGGUGUGAAAACAUUGUCGAGCAUACACGAAAUGCUGAGCAACAGCGCGGAGAAAAACAAGCAACAAAAAGAGGGUGCCCACAAGGGGGACAAUGACAGCGGGGUUGAUGAGUCAACUCAGGAGAAGGAACGCAACGGCCCAGGUUCGCCAAGUUCUCCGGCUAAGACACCGACGUCUACCACUUCGAAGGGCGAGAAGACAGGCGCCUCUCGUCCGCCCAGCGCAACGCCAUCGAAUAAAUCGUCCAAAUCACGUUCGACAUCACGAAAUCGCUUGUCUUUGAAGACUCCCGAACCAGAGCCAGUUAAAAAAGUACCAAUGAAUAAAAUACAGGUCGGACACGCUCCUUCGCCCAAUCUCAAAGCCGUGCGUUCUAAAAUUGGAUCGCUCGAUAAUGCCGGCUACAAGCCCGGUGGUGGCAAUGUGAAAAUCGAGAGCAAGAAGAUCGAAAUAAAAGCCACGCCCAGAAUUGAGGCGAAAAAUGACAAAUAUACGCCACGUGGGGGAGAAAAGAAGAUAAUUUCGACAAAGCUGCAAUGGAACGCCAAGUCGAAAAUUGGCUCCUUGGAGAAUGCCAAUCACAAGCCAGGCGGCGGCGAUAAGAAGAUCGAAACAAUUAAAACGGACUUCAAAGACAAAGCUAAACCGAAAGUCGGUUCGAAGGAUAAUGUUAAGCACGCUCCGGGCGGUGGUGAUAUUAAGCAUUCGCAAAUCUUGAAGGAAAGCACAACCGCCAAGGAUAUACAAACUCAAAAGGUAGAACUUAAGGCACAAAGCAAAGUGGGCUCUUUGGAUAACAUUAAGCACAAGCCCGGUGGUGGGGAGCGAAAAAUUUUCGAUGAUAAGGACUAUCUGAAAAAUCUUGAGCAUACAGUUGCACUGACACCACCGACACAGUUCCCGCAGGGACGCCUUAUAGCCACCAUCCACCUAGAAUUUGGCCUUUGCAAUUCAGACUGUGUGUGUAAUGAAAUAUUUCAAUCGCUCUUUAAAUGAAUUUACUUGCAAAAUGCUUUGCCAAAAACAACAACAACAACAAGCAUAAAAUUUAUAUAUACAAAUACAUAUAUAUUUACAUAGUAAAUUCAUAACAAAUAAGGCAAAAAAGAACUAAAGAUAAUGCAAAAGCGUACAUUUGAACGAAAGCAAUCGGGCUAAAAUAGCAAAUAACUAAAAAUGGCACCUAAUUUUGCGCAAUUAGCAAAAUACGAUUUUGUACCUUAAAAAAUUACGUCACAAGAACGCUUAGCUCACUAGUGCUACAACAAAUCGAUAUAAAAGCAAACAAAUAUUUUCAUUGAAAAAUAACAAAAUUUUGAUGAAAGCGAAAGUUUUUGCAGUGAAAUAAAAAUUAAAUAGAUCAAAAUUAGGUCCACAAAGCACACAAACUUAACUUAGGUUCGCUGUAAGUGAAGAGAGUUGGAAAUUUUCAACCUAAAACACGCAUACACUCACACACACACACAAAACGGAACGGUUAACACAAAAGUUAAAGGAAAUUGUACAAAAACCAAAAAAAAAAAAAACCUAAAAAAAAAUAUUUUUGCCAAAUGAGAAUUUAUUCACUUGAACUUAGACAAUAUUUGUUUUGUUUGUUCAAAUGCAAACCUUAAACAGAACUUACUUACACUAAAUAUGCUAUAUACAAUCCUACAUACAAAUGUAUAGACAUGCACACACAUACAUGCAUAUAUAUCUACACAUCUACUUAAGUAUACACAUAGGUGACAGUAUUUUUAUCUCUAAGUACUUAGGCUAGCAAAUUACGUCAGAUAACUAUUUUAAGUAUGACUCAAAUCAUAUAUAACUGUUUCGAACACUCGUUAAAGUAGCAAAAUAAGCGCUGACUGGCAGCUCAAGCAGCCAGGCCAAUGCUGAUCUGGCAACAGAGCGCAAGACACGCAUUCUUCAGCAUUAUAUCCUAAAAUUAAGUUAACUAGUUUGUAAUACGUGUAGGUAUAUCUAUAAAAAUAUUAUAAUUACAAUUGGGAGAUUUGGUACUUGAGAAAAUCAAUCAGUUCAAUUAUUUGCUUGAUUUUCCUUAUUAAAUAUAUUGGGAAAUUAUAUUUUAAGAAAAGCACUUUAAGUGUCACCAUUCGUAAACCAAUUUAUGUGUAAUUUUUAUUUUUAUUUUUAUUUUUACAUUAACGGAAGCAAAGAAAUCAUAAACAAUAUUAAUCCUGCCAAAUAACAACACACUCAUCCACUCAUACACACUUUUUAUAUGUAGCUGUCUUAGUGCCUUACUAUUUCCAAAUUCAAUUUAUUUACACUUUUGUUUUCUUAGCGAGUUUUCCAUUUUAAAUAGAAAAUAUUUUAAAAUUACUGGAUUUUUAUCUAAACUUUUCGUGCGACUUUGUUUAUUUAUAUAAGCGACCCUCAGCCUGAUGGAGAAAGUAAAAGAAAAACCAAAUUUUUUAUGGUUUUUUUUUUUCAAAUAAAAACUAGACCUCUUUAAUCCCUUAAAACCAUAAGAGGAUUUCAAAGAAAUUUAUAUUAAUUUGAAUAUAUUUGUAAAAAUUACUUAAUUAAAAUCGGUUCUUCUUAUUGAUCAGUGGCGUACGCAGAAACGUAUUUAAGGAGGGGUUUUCUGUUCAAAUUUUGCAUCAUGUUAAAAAGGGAUGAGAGAUAUACAAAUAGUUAGUGUUGCGAAAAUAUAUUUUCUUUUAUUGUUUUGCAAAGGAAGGUUCUUUGCGUACGCCCCUGUAACACAUAUCUGAAUUUUUCCGUUAAUUUUAUAUCCAUAUUUUGAUUAACAAAUAAAGAUUUACGCUUUUAAAUUAAUUUAAAUUUUUUCUCAGAAAAUAAUAAAUGUGGAUGGGAUCGAUGUAGUUUCUAUAAUAAUGCAUCGAUGAUUUUCCAAAUAAUUUUCUUGAUAUCAGUUAUGACUUAGAAAACUACAGAAUAUUAACUUAAGAUAACAGAAACAUUUUUUUUGUUUUUUAUAUUUUAACCAUAUAUAUUUACAAUUAUACUGCCAUAAAUCAGCAAGUUUUUU